AUGGCUGAUGAGAAGUAUCAAUCGAAUUAUCCCAAUUCGCAUUAUUUGGCCAAUAUAAACAAUCCCCAUCUGACUAAUCAAAAGAUUCAAUUAAAUCGUUUACCAACGUUAGGAGAAAUAUUGGCUAAUAAAACCAAAAAGCCAGUUGAUUUAUAUACAUUUUAUACCUUUAUGAGAGAUGUGGAGAAUCAAUCUGAUUAUCUUGACUUUUGGUUUGAUUUAAUCAAUCAUUUGAAUUUAUGUAAACAUUAUGUUAAAGGAUUAAGAGAUUCUAUCGUUAGACAUUCAACUUAUAAUAAUACAACUGGUACCACUGAUCAAUAUAAUACUACUACAAAUACUACAAAUCAAAAUAAAACUGUUCGUGAUUCAUUCCCCAUACUGGAGAAAUCAAAACAUAAAUCAUUAAGUUCAUCAAUCUUAUUGGAUUUGAUUUUAAGUGAUAAUAUCUUGGAAGAUAAUGAUUCAAAUCGGUUAUCUCAAUUUUUAAGAGGUGAUAUCAAUUUAGAUAAUGUUGAUCCUAAAUUAAGAGACUUGAUCUAUCAAUACGAACAACAACAGCAACAACAAGACCAACAACAACAUCAUCAACGUCAUUCAAGUGGUGAAAUAUCAAUAUCAAAGAGAUCCACUCCAAAUUUAAAUAGAAGUAAUUCAAGUUUGAAAUUUGCUCAUUCUCCAAAGAUUCCGUUUGCACCCCCAAUAUCUCCAACCACUGAUAAAAGAAUAAGUUCCCAAUCUGGUUUAUUACAAGAUGAAGACGCUGGUAAUGAUUCAUCUCAUUCCUUACUUGAAAAUCAAUUGGAUAUAGGAGAAGCUGAUCGUGCUAUGAGUCCAACUAAAUAUAUAUCAUUACAGGCCAAUCAAGCAUUUGGAAUUGAUGAUGAAUCUUCUUCUCAUAAUCAACCUCAUAAUCGUACAUCUGUUAUAAAUCCUUCAUUAUUGGAAAGAUUAAUUAAGGAAUCCCCCGCUUCAACUGCUAAUAAUUCAUUCAUCACUAGAGAUAACUUAAAAGAAUCAACUCAUAAUUUAUUAUUAAAAUAUUUCGUGGAAGAUUCUGAAAAGAAUUUAAAUUUACCUGAUCAUUUAAAUAACUUUAUCAUUAAAUCCAUUGAACAUGAUGGUAGAGAUGAUCCUGAUAUUUUCAAUAAUGUUAAAAAUUAUAUAUUCAAUAAGAUUGAAAAUGAAAAUUUACCUAAAUUUUUAAAUUUUAUGGCGAUUAGAAAUAUUAAUCAUUCAAAUUUAGUUCGUAUUUUCCUUGGAUUCUUUUUAUUAUUUGGAGCAUUUUGGAUAGGUUAUAUCUUCUUAUUCUUAAAUUAUCGAAAAUCCAUCAGACCAGUUAUAAUCGUACCGUUUUUCAUUGCAUUUUAUUGUUUAAUCUCAUCAAUUUAUUUAAUUGAUCCAAUUUUAGUAUGGUUAGGAUAUAGUGAAUCAUUUUCAAAAUCUUCAAAUCGUGCUUUGAUUAAAAUUGAAGAGAAUUUCAUUUAUAAAUUAUUAACUAAAAGAAGUUUAUGGGUUUUGUUUUUAAUAUUAUUAUUUACUGGUAUCUUUACCAUUUUAUUUAGUUUAGUUCCAGGUCAUAGAUUGUAA